GUCCUAUUCCACCUUCCGUAGUAUUUGACGUACGCGGAACUUCAGUUGUAAACAAGAACGACAAUCACCACUUCUGUCUUCUGAGCCGAAAACAUAAUAAGGAAAGCAACAAAAGACAUUUCUCGUAGGGGCUGGUUGAAGGUUCCAGAUGUGCGGCAGUGCUUAAUGCAAGCGCACAACUGCCAGAAGAGAUACUCUGGUGCUGCAGCCCUGCAGAAACGACUGCAGCCAGCAUGUCUAGGAAACAGACACCGAAACCCGUGCGGAGCAACAAAAAGAACGACGCGGAGCGCAAGAGGGACGAGCGGGCCGCUCGCCGCGCCAUCGCCAAAGACCGCAAGAACCGGCCGCAGGAGGGUGACGAGGGGGCAGAGUUCGUCAGUUUCUCCAAUCAGCUCCAGGCACUGGGACUGAAGUUGAGAGAGGUCCCCGGAGAUGGGAACUGCCUGUUCAGAGCUUUAGGCGACCAGUUAGAAGGUCACUCCCGGGGCCACCUGCGGCUUCGCCAGGAGACUGUGCAGUAUAUGACAUCUCAUCGUCAAGACUUUGAACCCUUUGUCGAGGACGACGUGCCCUUCACGCAACACCUGUCGAGCCUCUCUCAGCCUGGUACGUUCGCGGGCAAUGACGCCAUUGUUGCUUUUGCUCGAAGUCAACAGGUGAAAGUGGUCAUCCAUCAGCUGAACACGCCGCUGUGGGAGAUAAACGGUGCAGAAAAGCAGGUGUGCAGAGAGCUACACAUUGCCUACCGCUACGGCGAUCAUUAUGACAGCGUGAGGCGGACCGGAGACAACUCUGAGAGUCCGGCUCAGCUCCGCAUAGAGAACAUGCAGAAUCCACGCGGCCAGCGUGAGUUUGGGGACGGUCAGAGGGACAGACUGAAAAACCCUUCCCCCACAGCCUCGGAGGAGGACAAUGUGAUCCUGAGCUCCAUCAAGAAUCGAGGAAUCCAGGCAGGCGAUGAGGAGAACCUGCUCCAGCUAAGUGCGGCAACCAUCAAUGCUGAAUGGCUCGUUGGCCCGGCGCUGGGCCAGUCCUGCCAGGGCCAGUGUGCCUCGAGGUCCUGCUCAGCCUGCAGAGCCGCAGCCAGCGACUGCACAGAUUACAAGCAGUCAGCAGAGGGCAGCAACUUACAAAAAUCUAAGGUCUCGAACAAGCAGAGGAAGGAGCAGCAGAGGCAAGAGAAGAAGAAGCGCCAGGAGGAGCGGCAUCGGCAGAAGUUUCUGCAGAGCAAAGGAAGCCCGGACCAGAACCAGAACCUGCCGGAAUCUGUCACUUUAGUACCGGCUCUCAACACUCUCAGUAUAUAGACUGGGGCAAAUUGCCAACAUUACCUACUGCUACUCUUGCUACUGGUGGCUAACGCUGUCCACAACGUUUUUGCACAUGAGUCAGAUUUGAUUCGGGGACAGGUGGAGGACUUUUUCCUAAAGACAACCGUACAGUUUCUUUGCAAACAGUAUAACGGUGCCUGCAAGUGUGUGUGUGUGUGUGUGUGUGUGUGUGUGAGUGAGAAAGAGUGGGCAAAGUGUUAAGUUCUUGAAGUGAAAGAGCAAGACUUUCAGCGUUUUUGUUGGGUGUUGACUGGGUUCAAUCCCCGGUGGGUGUGGGUACAUGUAGAAACUCCUCCGAGCUGGUCUGCUUAUCGCACUACCUAUAUCCCCGCUCUAUGGUGGACAACUGGCUUCACAUGACAACCACGCAGAUUUCAUGCAGCUGGGCCUUUUGGUUUUCCACAGGCUGAGAGAAGGUUCGUUCAGAUCGUUCCGUUUGUUCGAUCUGACCAAGGAAGGAAGCGAAGGAAGAGGAGCGGCAGUUGAACGAUUGUUAAUGCGCUCUGUGUAAGGACUGUGGCAAUAACGAUCAAUAAAUUAUGAUUUACUGUG